AGAUUCUGAGUUUUUAUGUUUGUGUCUGUAGGCUGUGAUCUCUCUGGUGAUGAGAAAGUAGAAAUAUAUCAAGGUGGUUCAGUUCUGUUACCCUGCUCCUGCUCUGACCUACACACCAAACCUCAGUCAUUCACCUGGAUGUCCUACAGAACAGGACGUCUGACUGAGAUGUUGAAUGAUGAGCACUACCAUGGCAGAUUUCAGCUGUUUAAUAAAUCUUCUCCUGGUAAUCUGUCUCUGCUCAUAUCUGACCUGAGAGAAGAGGAUCAGGGAGACUACAGGUGUGAAACUGAGAAAGGAUACAAAGACAUCAUUAUCUAUGUUAAAGGCUGUGAGCUGGUGAAGAAGGCAGGUGUAGAGUACAUGACUGUGUUCACAGGAGAGUCUGUAGUUCUGCCUUGUGUCUGCACUGACCUACAGGACAAACCAAAGUCUCUUAAAUGGGAGUUUUCAAUAUCCACAGAAUCUGGAAGCGAACAUUAUCAGGAAAUUUACCCUGAAGAAACUGGACAUCACAGAAACAGAGCCAAACUGGUCAGCAAAAUCUCUCCAGGAAACCUCUCUCUACUCGUAUCAGACCUGACUGAACAGGACCAGGGAAUCUACACAUGUUCUGUACAGGCAGAAAAAAAAUAUUUCAGACUAUAUGUUAAAGGAAGAAGAAAAACUUCAACAUGCUCGGGGAAAACAAACAGAAGAACUCAGCCUUCAAGGAACAUAACACAGAAACAAGGAACAUGUGGAGAGAACGUGAUUACUGAAGGACGUCCGGACUGUAAGGGAAAGCCAACAGAUCAGCCUGAACCUGAUCUUGUCACUUUCUGUAUUAAAUAACACAUUAACACAGCCGGAGCAGCUCAGGUCCAGAUUAACACUGGAGAGAAAACUGAGUACACCAACAUUAUAACAAACUAAUCCAAUAUAAAUAUUCACAGCUAUUAUAGAAUAAUGCUGAAUACAUAAUAAAUACACACCAUGGUCAAGCACAAGAUUUUUUUCUGGUGGUAUUUUUAUGUGUUUUAUUUUAAUGUUAAAAAAGGGAAAAGGUUCCAGUUAAUUACUUUAUAUUCACACCUUCAUUAUGUUAGCUAAGGGUAUUGUUCUGCAUUCACUUUUACUAUUAAUCUUUAAAAACUGCUGAUGGAUAAAUUUGCUCUAUAACUAACUAUAUUUUAAGUGUUUGUGACAUUUUACAUAUCUUAUGUGUCCCAUUCUUACAUAUAU